GCUGUGGUAUUUGAUACCAUGUCGGCCACCGUAGAAGACGAUAAACAUCCAGGAUUACGUUGGGAGUGCCCGGUGGUUUUCUACAUCAUUUGUAAAACUAGAAAGAUUGAUAAAAUCAUCAAUUCCGACGCCUUUGAUAGAGGCAUCCUAGCCCAAUAGAGGAAGAUGAGGCUGAAAGAGAUCCAGAGGACCGCUCAUCCAGCAUGGAGCCCUGCCCCCCACCACCCUAUCUGCCUGGCUUUAGGCACGUCAGCUCAGCAGCUGGAUGCGUCAUUCAACACCACUGCCGCCUUGGAAAUAUUCCAGGUGGAUUUUGCCGAUCCUUCCCUGGGCAUGAAGCUCAAGGGGUCCCUACCUACUUCUAACAGGCUCCAUAGUCUGGUGUGGGUAAACUUUGGAGCAGGAGAAGACGGUUUGGGAGGGAGACUGAUUGGAGGCAGUGAUAAUGGCACGGUAACGGUGUAUAGCCCAGAAGCCAUCGUAACAUCAGGGGCAGAGGCAAUAAUAGGACAGUCUGACAAACACACUGGGCCUGUCAGAGCACUAGACUUCAACCCCUUUCAGAGUAAUCUGUUGGCGUCAGGUGCAAACGAUUCAGAGAUCUACAUCUGGGAUUUGAACAAUUUCAGCAAUCCAAUGACACCCGGGACAAAGUCACAGCUUUGUGAGCCUCCUGAAGAUAUCAGUGUAGUGUCGUGGAACAGACAGGUGCAACACAUCCUGGCCUCUGCAAACCCCAGUGGGAAAGCAGUGGUCUGGGACCUGAGGAAGAACGAGCCCAUCAUCAAGAUUAGUGACCACAGCAACCGGAUGCACUGUUCAGGGAUGCUCUGGCACCCUGAGGUGGCCACCCAGUUGGUCCUGGCCUCAGAAGAUGACCGCAUGCCAGUCAUUCAGAUGUGGGACCUGCGCUUUGCCACGUCCCCUCUCAAAGUCCUGGAGAACCACACAAGGGGACUUCUGUCCAUAGCGUGGAGCCAAGCAGACCCAGAGCUGUUGCUCAGUAGUGCUAAAGACAACAGGAUCCUCUGCUGGAACCCAAACACUGGAGAGGUGAUCUAUGAAUUACCAACGACCAAUCAGUGGUGCUUUGACAUUCAGUGGUGUCCCAGGAACCCAGCGCUGCUGUCGGCGGCCUCGUUUGACGGCUGGAUCAGUGUGUACAGUGUGAUGGGAGGAAGCCUGGAGGCCCAGCAGCAGAGCAGGGCUGAUCAGAUCUCCUCGUCCUUUGACACCAUGGAUCCGUUUGGGACAGGCCAGGUGCUGCCCCCUCUGCAAGUUCCCCAACCCACCCCUCAGACCACCCUAGUCGCUCCGCUGAAGAAGCCCCCCAAGUGGGUUCGUAGGCCCGUAGGAGCCUCAUUCGCUUUUGGUGGGAAGCUGAUCACCUUUGAGAGUCCUAAGGCUCCAGUCCAGAGCCCACAGCCCGUCCCUGUCCCCAGGCAGGUGUUUGUGAGCCAGGUCACCACGGAAACAGAGCUCCUCCAACGUUCCAGAGAGCUGCAGGCUGCUCUGCAAUCUGGAUCCUUGUCAGACUACUGCCAGGCCAAGAUCCACAAGGCCCCCACAGACUCUGAACAGGACAUAUGGAGGUUUCUCCUGGUCAACUUUGAAGAUGAAGCCCGGGUCAAAUUCCUGAGACUUUUGGGUUUCAGCAAAGAGGAUUUAGAGAGAAAGAUAUCCACCUGCUUGGGGAAGAACCUGCAGCCUAACGGACAUGGAGUGGAUGCCAACGAUCUGGCUGAGAAGAUACAGCUUCUCUCUACUCAGAGGUCAGAAGAAUCCGGGGAUGAGGUUGACUCCACCAAGACUCUGGGUUCAUCCUCGCCCUCUGACUUUUUCAGUCAGAUCCCACCACAACCACAAGACAAGGAGAAGAAGAUGAGCUUCCCGAUCCCUGUGUCAGCAGAUGCAGAUGGUCUGAUCAGCCAGGCUCUGCUGGUGGGAAACUUUGAGGGAGCGGUGGACCUGUGUCUGAACGAGGGGCGCUACGCUGAGGCCAUCCUGCUGGCGAUCAGUGGAGGACAGGAGCUACUGCAGAAGACCCAGCAGACAUACCUGGACGAGCAGAGGAACAGCAUCUCUAUGCUGAUCUCAUCCGUGGUGACCCAGAACUGGGGAGACAUCGUGCAGAGCUGUGCCUUGGAUAACUGGAAGGAGGCUCUCGCUGCUCUCCUAACCUACGCUCACCCCAAAGAGUUUGCUCAUCUGUGUGAGACCCUGGGGUCGCGUCUGGAGGGGGAGAGGACAGAGAAACGCUGUCUGCAGGCAUGUCUCUGUUACAUUUGCUCUGGGAACAUUGAGAAACUAGUGGAAUGCUGGGCCCUGCAGAGGGACUGCUCAUCUCCCCUGGUUUUAGAGGACUUGGUAGAGAAGAUGAUGGUUCUGCGUAAGUCUGUGGAGCGUCUGAGGAACAGCGAGGUGGCUGUACAGAGUCCUAUCCUGGCUGACAAGCUGACUCACUACGCUGGUCUCCUAGCUUCACAAGGCAGCCUGGCUACAGCCCUGUCCUACCUGCCAGACACCUCAGACCAGGCUUGCAUCAUGAUGAUGAGAGACCGGCUGUUCCACGCCCAGGGAGAGGGAGGAGCUGCAGCGGGGCAACAGCCCCCACCGUUCCCUUACAACAGAGUCAGGGUGACUGGGGGCGACCCUGCCCCCGCUCAGGCCCCUGCUGUCCCCGUCCAAGCACAACCACCAACACAGACACCGGGGCCCUACCAGCCUCCUCUUCCUGUGAUGUCAGUGGGUGGCCAGCCUCCUCCUCCUGUGAUGUCAGUGGGUGGCCAGCCUCCUCCUCCUGUGAUGUCAGUGGGUGGCCAGCCUCCUCCUUCGUAUGGCGUUCUGCCACCCUCCUCCCCUGCUCCUCCACCGAGUGGGCUGCCACGUACAGGACUACGGCCAGCCUACCCUCAACAUCCUGCCACGGCCCCAGGGUUCUCUCCACUCCAGCCAUUCCAGCCACAACAGCAGCCCAUGUCUGCAGGACUAGGUGGCCCCGGCCUCUCUGCCUUCCCUCCAGGACCCGCUAUGCCAGGCUCCAGCCUAUCUGGACCCCCUCUGCCUCCGUUCUCUGCCCCUGGCGGCCUCCCCACCAUGCCCAGCCCAGGGCCACCUCCGUCAGGCUUCACCCCCACCUCGCUCCCUUCAGGCCCCAUGCCACCCAGCUACCAGCAGCCUGGGGCCCCCGUCGGCAUGUACCCACCAGGGUCUCACCUCCACAGCCAGGGCCCACCUGCAGGUCCCCCCUCUGGUCCGUACCCACCCCUGGGACCUGGGUACCCACAAGGAGGUCCUGGAGCCCCGGCCGUCAAGUCCUUCUCUGCUCCGUCGGUUGCUCCUCCUCCUACAGGGUACUUCCCUUGGCUGAGUACUCCCCUUGUUGACGAUGAUGAAGGACAAGAUGGCUGGAAUGACCCACCAGCAGUACGAGGGGGUUCUAGGAAGAAAAAGGUUGUCCCAGACAACUACACCCCUCCGGCUCCCAUCACCGCCCCUGUUAUGGGGGGUUUCCCCAUGGAGGGCCAUCAUCAUCAGCCCCAAGGACAGCAGGGCCACGACCCCAGCCGCACGCAGCAGUUCCCCCCAGGGGCCCCUCAGGAGCCCAGCGUACAGCUCCUCCAGGCGCUGCCGGCUGAGAGGGUGGAGCAGAGAGAGAUCCCUACAGAGCACAUGGUCCUCAAGCAGACCUUCGACAGCCUGGUUCAACGCUGCCAGCUAGCCGCACAAGACCCACAAACAAAAAGGAAACUUGAGGAUGCAUCGAAACGCCUUGGGUACCUGUAUGACAAGCUGAGAGAGCAAACGCUGUCUAACAACAUCCUGGGGGGUUUACAUGAGAUCAGCCGCUGUGUGGCGGGCCAGAACUACCAGCGUGGCCUAGAGGUCCACACUGCUGUGGUCACCAGCAGCAACUUCAGCGAGAUCCAAGCCUUCAUGCCCAUCCUCAAAGUGGUCAUGACCAUCGCCAACAAGCUGGGCGUCUGACCACUGAUCCCACACCAAGGCAGGCUUCUAGAAUAAACCUGAUUUCCUAUAAUGCUCUACUUUUGACCAGACCCUAUGGGCUCUUUACGGGCCCCGUGGGCCCUAUGAUUUAUGAGAGCCCCGAGGGGUCUAUGAGGGCCCCCGAGGGCUCUUGUCAAAAGUAGUGCUCUAUAUAGGGAGCAGAGUGCCAUUUGGAACACUCAAAAACACACCAAGAUAAAAACAGCCUUAAGUGUUAUCAUAUGGAUGGAUCACAAUGUUAUAGAUUAGAUAUUUAUUUCUUUUUCAGCUGUUGAAAUGUGCUUUGAUAAAGAGAACAUGAUUGCAGAUGUGUGGUUUUCGCUUGACUAAAGCCGACUCAUUGAAAGGUUUCAGACUUGGCUGAUGACGAGAGGUGUUUUUCUCUGAGAAGACGAGUCACUGUGGUGUUUAUCAACAGCAAAACACCCAAUAGUAUUAAAGAAGUUGAGUCCUUUUAGCUUCUCGAUGGGAAGAUACCGGAUGUUAAAUAUUAAAGAGGGUGGGGGGUUAUUGGUGUGGGAGGAUUGUAAGAUAGCUGAGGAUUUUAAUGUCAUAUGUUUGAGAGUGGAGAAAGAUAUACGCAAAUGUCUCUGAACAAUGUGGGCUUGGAUUCUCUGGCUGUCAGUAGUUCUUAACAUGGUAACACAUCCAACUAAGGGAAGACUUUGGAGAGCGAGGUUGUUUUUGUCCACCUUCCUACCUCAUCUUUCCUUAACAAACCACACAACGUCCAGCUGAUUUUUGCAAUAGUUAGGAAGAGUGAAUGAGUUAUAUACACUUUUGUAAUGCAUACUGUACCACAGCGCUGAAAUUGUUACUUUUUUCACUGACAGACCAGUGUGCUCUACAGACCAGUGUGCCAUCUCUUACUUUGUUACGUUUUCAGGCCAAAGCACUGCAACGACUAGCUCUGAUCCAGGGUGUUACGUGCAGCUUGUUGACUCAGAGCUGUGUCAGAGCCUGCACAUUACGCCCUGGUCCAGAGCUAUGCAACAACAGAAUGUCAUUUGAUGAUUCUUGUGGAGUUGCUGGAUUUUUUUUUAGUCAGUCCGCGUUCGUCACUAUAGAGCGGCCCACUGCUGUCAGCUAGCUUGUGUGAUUGAGAUACUGUGUGUGUCUUGGUUGUUGGCUUCGCCCCCUGUUUAUAGUGUGCUGGCUUCUGUUGUGUAUAAACUGUAAUGAGCACACCACUGUAAACAGCUUUGGUGUGGUUACACUUGACAUUUCAUGCUGAUUGAAGAAUGUGGCAGUUAUCGACUGAAAUAUGAAUUAUGGCAAAGAAACCCAUGAAUAAAUAUCUUGAAAUAUU